AAUAUGGUAGGAAAAACAAUGAUUAAAUGCAAUUUGUAUAUAGUCCAAUAUAUAUAGUCCAAUAUCCUGGAUAUAUAUUCCCAACUACCUGUUUUAUUCACAGAUAGUCGGUGCAAAAAACAUGAGCUUCUUUAGGAAAAUUUUCAAAUCUAUGUUGGGUACUCCCCCUUCACCUCCUCCUUCACCUCCCCUUUUACGGGUAGAAGAAAGAAAAAUACCAUGGAAUGAAAGAGAGCGAGACCUGCAGCUUGUCAGAGAUUACAAGCCUCACAAAGAUGUUGAGCAUCUCAGAAUUCUGCUUCAUGGACCACCAGCUGCUGGAAAGUCCAGCUUCAUCAACUCUGUCGACAGUACUUUAAGAGGCAAAACCACAGCUCGAGCUUUGGCAGCAAAUGCCCCCAAAAGUUUCACCAUUGCAUACAGGACAUAUAAAAUUCAGAAAGGAAAUCCAGACACCUUUUACCCUUUUGUCUUCAAUGACACCAUGGGGCUUCAGUCCAGUGACGAAGGAAUUCGCGUGGAAGACAUCAAACUUGCCAUCAGUGGACAUGUCAAAGAAGAUUACAGGUUCAAUCCCAAAUCCCCUUUGCCUGAAACAGAUCCUAACUACAGAGGCUCCU